GUAAUAGGCCACAGCAUCCGGGACCCUUGCGAUAGUUUAUGCUGCCCGGGCAUUGCACACCAGAAGAGCGAUUGCGCAAGCCCACGGACUUAUCCCGUGAAGUGCAUAAUAUAUCAUUUCAUUGGAUUUGCAGGAGUAGCGUUUGACGGCGCGAGUUCGGAUGCGAAGGCUAGUACUUUGUAGUAGAUAGCCCGAGCCCUCGUGCACCCAUGGAACACCUGAAGCAUGGACUGCAAGGCGGAGGUCUUGUACCGCAAGCCAGCUUGGACAGUGCGGCGCCGACUCGGGGACAAGCAGAUGGUGGUGACCUCGCGCGACGGUCGGCCCCUGCGCCCGGCCUAUGCCUGUCCUCUCCCAAUACUCAGCGCAAUCUCGGGCCAUCGGCGCAUGGACCGAUACAUGCGCCAUCGGGGCGGGGCUUCGCGAGCCCCCUGCCAACAUCCGCUGAGCUCUCGCGCCGUCUGCGGGGGUUGCUUAACACAAGCCAUCCAGUAAACUUCCGGGACGUUGAGCUGAUGCCACCCACCUGUGCCGAUACCGAGCGCGGACUGGGUCUGGAGGAGGCUGACGAGGCGGACGCAGAUGCCGCCACAGGCCUCGCGUCUGCCCCGAGUGGCAGUGCGGUCACAGGGGCGGUAGAGGCACUCGCGGCCGCAGGGCCGUUGGGAAGCUCGGGCGGUGCAGGCGGGACCACAGUAUGCGAGGGCGAGGGUGCCGGCGCAGGGCCGGGGGCUGCCGUUGGCGGUGCUCGUGCCCGCGGCGGCGGCACUGUGGUGCGCAAGAACAAACUCAUCAUCAUUAUGGUGGGGCUGCCAGGGCGGGGCAAGACUUUUCUGUGCAACAAGAUUGUGCAUUACCUCAACGUAACAACACAUACCACCACCGUUUCGUAUGCACAGUGGCUGGGGCACGCCACGCGGCACUUCAACGUGGGCGCCUACCGCCGCAUCCAGAAGGGCGCUCACGAGGUGCAGUCCGCAGCGUUCUUCGACCACACCAAUGAGGCGGGCAUGGAGGCUCGCAAUCGGGCUCUGAACGCGGCGCUGGAUGACCUGAUGAGCUGGCUGCGCAGCGACUCGGGGCAGGUGGCGGUGUUUGAUGCCACCAACACCACCGAGUCGCGCCGCAACCUGCUGAGGUCCAAGUUCCACGGGCAGUUCCAGUAUCUGUUCAUUGAGACCAUCUGCUCCGACCCGGCGGUGCUGGAGCAGAACUACCGCAACAAGAUGAAGUACAGCCCUGACUACAAGGGAGUGGACGUGGACCAGGCGGUGGCGGACUUCCUGGCGCGUAUUGCCAAGUACGAGGAGGUGUACGAGCCCAUCGCGGACCGCAACCUGCACUACAUCAAGCUCACCGACAUGGUGACUGGCCGCGGCUACAUGGACAUCAAUCGCAUAAGCGGCUACCUGCCCGGCAAGAUCGUGUUCUUCCUCAUGCAGAUGCAGUUCAAGACUUCAUUUCGGAGCAGCGUGACGAGUCUGCAGCACUCGCCAAACGCACUUGACACCAUCUCGUUGAGGAUGGCCAGCAACGCUCCGGACGAGCCUAGUCGGGUCGCGCGGCCCGGGCUGACCUCGGUGCGCAAAAUCUUCCUCACAAGACACGGCGAGUCCCAAUACAACCAAAAGGGGCUCAUCGGAGGGAACUCUUCACUAAGCGAGCGUGGCGAGAAGUACGCGCGAGCGCUACCAGGGGCGUUGCUGGAGCGCCUGUCAGUGGACACGCAGGACGAGCCGCUGAGCGUUGCGGUCUGGACGUCAACCCUGAAGCGCACAAUUGAGACGGCCCGGUCCCUGCCCUUUCCCAAGCUGCGCUGGAAGGCGCUGGACGAGAUCAAUGCAGGCAUCUGCGACGGGAUGACGUACGAGGGCAUCGCGGACAAGUACCCGGACGAGGCGGCGGCGCGCAAGCGGGACAAGCUGCGCUACCGCUACCCGGCGGGCGAGAGCUACAUGGACGUCAUCCAGCGCGUGGAGCCAGUCAUCAUUGAGCUGGAGCGGGAGCGGGAGACGGUGGUGGUGGUGGCGCACCAGGCCGUGUUGCGCGCGGUGUACGCCUACUUCAUGAACGUGCCGCCAGAGGACAUCCCGCGACUGGCCAUGCCGCUGCACACGCUUAUUGAGCUGACGCCCAUGCCGGACGGCACCAUGGGCGAGCAGCGCUUUCCGGUGGACAUCGACGCAGUGCCGCCGCCGCCGCCCGUCGCCGAGCUGGCCGCGGAGCUAGUCAGUGGCGGCAGCGGGGUGGAGCUGCUGGCGGGGUCGGCGCCCAGCACGGCACUGCCGGCGUCAUCAGGGUCGCCGCGCUCAUCAAGACACAGCGGCGCAGCGUUGCAGGACUGCGUUACGGAUGGAGACGCGUGCUUGCCGCUCGCGCCCGCGUCACCGGAGCCCACUGCAGCGGGGGACGCCGAGGCGGCCCCCGUCGGUGCGCUGCCUGUAUCGUAAGUCGCGGCUGGUCGCUUGCAUUGAGCACGAGCCAGUAUAGCCCUGAGGUAUGUGUGUAAGUGGUAGAGGAGCGGCAGGCAAGUACAGCUAUGCCCUUGCGAGCCUAAGCUCAGGUGUUUCAGCCGUGGAACCCUGUAUGUCUCGUCGUUCACUGAGUUGCAUGUUUGGGGUUUUAUGGGGGCAUUCAGACCUAUAUGACAUGUUCUUCUCCAGAGUAGCAUCAUGAGUUUGGCGUGGAAGAUGAGCGCAGGUAGGGAUUUUGCAGGAGGUGAUGCAUAGGACUGUCCCCUGGUCUUGUGUAGACAAUGUGAGAGGACAGCGGUGGAUAGGGCUUUAGGCCUUGAGCGAGGUGGUCUUAUUGGCUCCCUAGACAGCUCAGCGUUCACAAUUCUCCGCAGUCAAUGACAGCCGACCGUGUUGCUGUACAGUAAGUGCCUUGCAAACCAGUGACUCAGGCAGUCAGAUGCUUGAACUGUCUUGUUGGGGAUGACGUGAGGAUGACGUGUUACGUUACUGACCGCAUGCCAGGGCGUUGCGCCACAGCAUGUGGUGCAUGCAUUCUGCCGUCGUCACGGCUUCAGGUGUCUAUAUGGUUUUGUGAAGGUUAAACGGGGGAACGGAAACUUAAUCGAGUAUUGAGUAUACAUAGUUGCAAAAGUCAGGCAGUUUGUCACAGCAAUCACUGUAUAAAUCACUGUAUAAAUCACUGUAUAAAUCACUGUAUAAAUCACUGUACAAAUCUAUAAGCCUGCAUGCGGCAGUUGGGCAGGCUGUCGCCCCCAAAUGUAACUCGACAACUGA